CAAUAUGCACAUUCACAAGAGGUAGUAGUGGCAUCAGGAUAACGUGGUGUCAACUGGAAACGCUGGGGCUCACUUCGGCAACGCAGGCGCGGCUUCGCGCUGAAUGGCCGCUGUGGAGCAAGAUGAUAACUAUGCAGAUGAGAUUUGGGGUGAUACGAGCAACGUGCCCCUUCCGGGGCUUGAAGCCCAGCCUGUAGGAGUCUUUGGCACUGCAACCGAAUGGAUACUGCCCGGUAUCGUGGAUGAGCAGGGCGGCGGGGGUGAUCAUGUGCAUGAACAGCCGACACAGCCUGCUGCUCCAUCACACCAUGGCCCCAGCAGCAGAGCCCCGGGUAGCGGUGCUCCCAUGGCGCUUUUCCAGCGACCAGCCCAUGCUGGCGCCACUGCUGCCUCGGUGCGGGGCAACGCCGCAGCCGCAGGAGCAGCCACAGCAACGCACGCGGCCACCCGGAACGCAUCCCCGGGUUUCAGUGGCAGCCGGGGUGCCCCGGCCGGCAGCCAGACCGCACGGUCCGCGGCAGGUGCCGCCACGUCCCCGGGCGGCGCGUCACCCACACGCGGCACCCGCGGGGCCCUGGCACACUCACAGUCUAUGGGGCACUCCGGCGGUGGCGGCGGCAUGAACGGGAGGGGGCAGGGGGUCGACGAUGGGAUCGGACGCGCCGCUGCAGUGCGGCCGCCCCGCGCUGCAACCACCACGGCAGCCAGCCCGAUGGCACGGCCGGGAGGCUCAGUCGGCAGCACACAGGGCGCGCGCACAGCACUGGGGCAAGCCCCGGCGCAAUCGUUGCAGCCGCAGCCGCCAGCGCGGCAGGCGCCACCCCUGCUGCCGCAGCCGCAGCGCUCUGGCCGUAGCCUUAAUGUUAGCGUGGCUGUGCCGUCACCAGCCGCGCUCGAGCCUGGGACGCCCUCGCCACAACGCACACCGCAGCAGCAGCAGGCGCUGUCGCCGCAGCAGCCGCUGCAGCCGCAGCAGUCGCCGCAGGCAGGACACGUGGUGUCACCUCGGCGGCAGCAGCACUACCCGCAUCGGGCACUGCUCUCGCCAUCCAACCGGCAACAGCAACAGUACCAGCUGCAGCGACAGCCACAGCCGGCGCAGCCACAGCCUCAGGCACAGCCGCGGCCACAGGCACAGUCGCAGCAACAGCCGCACCAACAUCAGACAACAGGGCAGCCUUCACUGACUCGAGGAAGUUCAUUCAUCUCUCGAAUUAUGGGCGCGAGGAACUUUACGCAGCAACAGCAGCAACAGCAGCAGCAGGAACAACGACAAAUAGAGCCAGAGGGGCAACAGCAACCUCAGCAGCAGGCAUCGCGGCAGCAGCAACCGCAACAGCAGCAACAGAGCUCAGUAUAUGCUGCGACAGGGCCAUCGGCAAUCUACGCCGAGCAGCAGCUAGGGAGCAGCGCGCUGCGGGAGUGGCAGCCUGUGUACUCGGGCCAUACUCUGUCCAGCAGCUCCUCCUCCUCCUCGUCCACCAGCCGGACCUCCUCCGCAUCCGAGCGCUCCGGGUCCUCCUCCAGCACAGAGAGCAGCGCGUACUACUACCUGCACCACCACCAGCAACAGUUGGAGCAGCAGCAGCAGGAACGGUACGGCGGUACGUCCUACCUGCCGCCGCAUGCGCACUCGAGCCCCUACGCGCCAUCCCACCUGCAGCACCAGCAGUACCAGCACCGCAGCCCACAGCAGCUGUCGCCGCCAGGGCCGUCGCCGUCGGGACGCCGGCCGCAGCCGCUCCCGCCACAGCCUGCAGCCGCCGCACUCGCGCCGGCGGCGCCCGUGCGGUACGGCACCACACUGUACGAUAACGCAGAGUACGAACGUGACUUCGUCGGUGGCGGACUGUACGGCGGCGGCGCGGAGUCAGAUCUGAUGGAUUACGAGAUGGAUGGCGGCGGUAUGCGGCUGGGCCACCUGAGUGGUGGCUACGGAGGGGCGGGCGAUGGCGGUGGCGAUGGCGGUGGUGGCCAUGGGGUGCGGCACUCCCUAGCGGAGGCGCGCAGCGGCCAGAACUACACGCUGUGGUCGGGCCCUCCGCCCUCAACCGGCGCCCGCACGCCGUCUCCACCACGCCGGGCCCGACCGAUCAGUGGCUGCAGCCGCGGCAGCAGCGGCGAGAGCAGCACCACCACCAGCAGCGGCGGCAUUGCGGAGGACGAGGGCGAGGACGAGAUAGAGGAGGAGGGCAGCUGGGGUGAGGGCAUGCUGGCAGUGGAGCUGGGCUUGGACGCGGAGGACUCGGCAGCCAUGGCUUUCAUGCGAGGAGCUGGGGCAGGAGGAGGAGGUGGUGGUGGUGGUGGUGCUGCAGGGGGAGGUCGCGGCCCAGGCGGCGGCUUUGGCCCGGUUGGUCACCGCGGCGGUGGUGAUGGUGGCGGGGUUGCUGACGGCGGGGGUGGCACCGGGGGCGAGGGCGAGGGCGGCCUUGGCCUGGGGUUCGUGACGGGGCUGGACGCGGCGGCAGUGCUGGCCGCAACCAUCCUGGACCCCAGCUGGCGUGCUGCGCCCGUGCAUCCUCUGCCGAUGCCACCGCAACAUUCGCUGUCAUCACCACAGCAUCAGCAUCAGCACCACCACCACCACCACCACCAUCACCACCAGCUAUCGCCGCACAGCGGCCGCAGCCCGGCAGCGCUGGCUGGCGGCGGCAGCAGGGCCGGCUGGGGUAUGGCCGCAGGCUCGGCCUCUGGGUCGGCCGACGGCACGGAGGGCGGCGGCAUGCGGCAGCUCUCCACGCCCUCACAGAGGAACCUGCGUGGCAUUGCCACCGAGGCCUCUUGGGACGAACGAACGCAUUUUGGAAUCGGAUCCGGGGCACUGACAGGCUUGGGGCCGGGGCCGCUGGGGCGGGGCCCGCUGGGUGGCGGCGGCGGCGGUGGCGGUCUGGGCGGUCCGGGGCCCAGGACGGGGCCCAUGGUGUAUGUGCUGGGUGGCGGCCCCGGGGGCGGGCUGCUGGAGCUUCCCUUCCCCAGCAACCUCCACCACCAGCACCACCACCACCAGCACAACCACCACCACCACCAGCAGCAUGUGAGCGGCGGGCUCGGUGGCGGAGGCGCGGGUGGGGCUGCGGGCGGCAGCGGCUUCUACCGAGGGCCGGGCGGAAGCGGCGGCAUCAGCCCGCAGGGCGCCGCAGGCACCGGCGCGCCGUGCCCGGUGCUGACGGCAGACCCGCCAGGGCCGUAUGACAGGCGGCGCGCGGCGCACCUCACCUCCGCCACCCGCCGCUCACACCCGCCACCGCUGUCCGUACCCGCCUCCUCCCUGCUGGACAUGCACCCCGCCCCGCGCUCACUUUCGCCCGGCGGCCUCGUCCUGGGUGGCGGUGGCGGCGGCGGCGGCAACCCGUUCCGCGGCCCGGGGCUGGGCAUGGGCGUUGGCGGCGGUGGCGGCGCGGCACCACUGGACGGCGGCCUGCCGCCUGUACGGCAGUACGGCGAGGGCUUGGCGGGCGUGCUGACCAACCACCAGAUCCAGGAGUGGAUGUCGCAGCACGCGUCGCGGCUGCUGCUGCCUCGCAGCAUGCAGGACAUUGCGGACAUUGUGUUCAGGCCUCCCAGCGCCGUGCCGGAGCGGAGGCCCGUAAAGACGCGGCCCAGCAGCGCGCCCGAGGUGCUGGUGCUGCCGCCGCCGGCGGUGCUGGGCGGCCGCUACCCGCCGCUGCCCGUGUCGCGCCUGCUGGCGGGCGACGAGGCCUUCAUCGGCGGGCUGCUGGCGGCGCUGCCGGGCGUGGACCCGGCGCACAGCCGGAUCCAGGCGGUCCUGACGGCGCUGCAGGGCCGCGACGUGACACUGGCGGAGGACACGGAGGCGGCGCCGGGGGCAGCUGGCGCGGCAGCAGCCGGCGCCACCGGUGCGCUGCUGGCCGCUGGCAGUACCAGCCGCAAGUCCUUCUCUCUGGCCACAACUAGCCCAGGCGCAGCCGGCGCGGCUGCUGAAGCUGGCGUACCUGGAGGCCCGGGCGCCGGCGUGCUUCGGCCGGGGGUGGAGGUGGCGGCGGGCCUGGGUUCGGGCCGCUGGGCAUGAGAGGCAUCACAGCCUUGGCCACAGCAAGGUGGAUUUGGUGACGCCGCCAGGCAGGUUUGCAUGGUGACGGAUCAUAACGGAGGAGGACGCCGGGCUGGGCGCUGUGUGCUGCGCAUGCGGGAUAUGGCGGUGUGCAAGGCUUAAGCCGCAAAGGCUGCCGGACAACAUGCAGGUUGGUGUGAUCCGGCAUAGCAGGAGGUGCGGCGGCUGAAACACGUCGCUGCGGGCGUAGCAGGGAUGAAGCAAGCACAUCUUUGCAUGUUAUACCGUACGUACGCGAGGUUGCAGCAUGCAUGUUUCAUGGUGGGCGUUUUGUGCGGACAUGUGCUUGGUCGGCUGCGCAUUGUUCCCGUAGUCUUUCAGCGUUCUCGAUACUGUGUCAGUUCCAGGAGGUUUUCCCUGAUCGAGUCGCCCCUCUCUCAACGCGUUUUACCAGCUCUGCAGACGAGCCCUCUGCUAGGGACUGGUUGGAGCUUAGAGCCCGCGGCGUGCCGCGACGCCGUGCAUUCUUGGUCCGCAUACCGUAGUAUUGGUCCGCGUUCAGUAGAGCAUGUACAUACAGGCGUGCAUCCCUCAUUCCUGCGACGCCACGGACCUUUUCAUGCCCAUGUAACAAUACGACACU